AUGCUGGGCAAGGCCGGCACCAUGGUGUACGCCGUGCUGGGCAUCCCGCUCAUGCUGGUCUACCUGUCGAGCGUGGGCAGCCUGCUGUCGCGCUGCGUGCGCGGGGCGUUGUCGCGCGCCUUCUGCUGCUGCCUGUGCGCCAACUGCGGCUACUGCUGCUACGACGAGAAGCGCAUGCAGGAGCGCGAGCGCCGCCUCAAGAAGAAGCGCCAGCAGCUCGAGAUCCAGCAGCAGCAGCAGCAGCACCAGCAGCAGAUGCAGCUGCAGGAGCCCUUCUACGUGCGUGACGGGGUCAGCGCGUCGGCCAGCAGCACGCACAAUAACUGCACCUCGCCCGCGCGCGACGGCGACCUGCUCAAGCUGCCCUCGGACCCCGAGUACGGCGCGGGGGGCGGCGACGGGGCGGCGGGGGCGGCGAGGGCUGCGGGCGGUCGCGGGCCGCCAACGCAGGUGCCUGGCGCUGCCCGUGGCGCUGUGCCUCGCGCUCAUGCUGCUGUCGUGUGCUUGGGGGCGGCGGCGCUGGUGAAGCUGGAGAAGUGGACGUUUUCUCGAGGGUGCUAUUUCUGCUUCAUGAGCCUGAGCACCAUCGGCUUCGGCGACCUGGUGCCGGCGGCCGGCCGCCAAGACCCACAACAUCUUCUCGAGCGGGAGCAACGGGACGGUCUGGUUCUGCUCGGCGUACAUCCUGACGGCUAUGGCGCUUGA